AUGGAGGUUCCUGAUGAUGAUGACCUCAACCACAUUCUCUUUGCCUCAAGAUUCAGAAAGCUUACACUCGCAGAAAUCGAACACAUUUUCUACGCCUCAAUCCACCUUCACUUCCCCAUAACUGCUGGAGCUAACAUCCCUGUCAACACACCCGGAGUAUACAGAGUUGAUACAGCUAACUUUGAAGACCUGAAUAAUUGGGAGCAUUUUCAUGGUGGUCCUUACGGUUCCAACAGGGUGACAUCUUCUUUCAUUAGGCGCCCUGGAGGCCAAGGUGGCCACAUUGAGUCGGCGGAUCCGGGACUCAUCACUUUACGAGGGACACUUGCCAUUCUCCAGCGAGCAGACGGAAUGUGGUGGUGA